AACGUGACGAUCAAGACCAAGUACACUUGUGACCUUUGAUACUAUUCAUAUUUCUAUAGUCGCGGGUGCCUUGUUGCCAUGGACACACAAGGCCCGCUGAAAGUACAUAGGAGAGUCAAAUACAAACUAAUCAAACAUUCCUCUGACGUCAUAUACUUUCGUCGUUGUGAUAGUGGCUUUAAACUGAAACUCCCCGUUGUCUAUACAGAGUGAUUGCGGUUUAUAGGCCUAUGUGUGCACGCAACAAACUGUAAUUCGAAAUCGUUGACGUUGUUUAUUUAACGAAAUUAGUAACAAUUUCAUUAGCCGUUGUUGCUAUAGGAGACGUAAAAUUAAUAUAGAUUCCUAUUCCUGAACUUGACAGUGCAAGUUUACACCGCCAAAUUUUGACCGUGUUAAACGUAAAUUGCGUGCGUAAAGAGCGGAAAUGUUAUUGAUUUUAGUUGUGUGACAUCGGUUUUUGAGAAAGUAGGCGUCGAUCACAAAAUCUGUUCUCACUGUGGUUCGCACAAUGUCGAUUUUGAAAAGGAAAAGAUUGGACGACUCGGUCGUUUUGCAAACCAUCAACAUCGAGGAGUCGGCUUUGCUACAAACAAAUCCGUCGUUGCUACAGCAGCAGAUACUCUUAGGACCCGUCAUCGACGAUGGAAAGCACAUACUCGAAAAUUCCCAAAUACAAAUCAUGAACAAUUCGAAUAUUUUAGCAACAGAUCCGGCCGGCCAUUCGAACACGUUCAUAGUUCUACCGCAGAACGGCGAGGGCGGCAGUGACACGCAAACGAUCCUUCAGAGUAUUCCCGUGUAUUUGCUCGUGCCGAGGGAGCAGUCGGUGAAGCAGCCCGACGUUAAUCCGACGGCUAACACGCCGAUCCUAAUAAAGGACGUGAGAACUGUCAAGCACGAGGUGGAGGAGGAGGACGUUCGCAGGUACACCGAAACCAUAUACUUGGACAGCAUGGACGAAGACCCCCUCCUGCCCGAUCCCGACGUGAAAGCGGACGGCGCGAUCAAUCCGAACGACUGGAAACACCGUUCGUUGUACAAGUGCGAUUUCCCCGGUUGCCCUAAGAUGUUUCUGUACCCGCACGACCGUAAGGUCCACAAGGACUCGCACAUUUUCCCCGCGGGUACCGAAUACAAGUGCAGCAUUUGCAAUAUGUCAUUUAAGCAGGCGAUCGAUAGAAAUAAACACGUCGAGUCUCAUUCGAUCCCGAGCACGCACGUUUGCUCGUUCUGUAAGGCCAGCUUUCCGUAUUACACGACUUUAAUACAACACAUAAACAACACGUGUUGCCUUAGCAAGUGCGUCAAGUGUCGAUUUUGCAAUAUACCGUUUGCCAACAGAGAGGACGCACGUCAGCACGAGAUAAAGUUACACAUCAGUUAUAGUAAAGAGAAACUGGCUAGAGCGCGAAGGCCCAUGCGACAUGCACGAACUCCUGUCGAUACGGAUAAUGUAAUUGUGUUAGAUUGAAAUCGGUCAAGUUUGUGCAAAUUGGAAGAUGAAAAAGUGUCAUGUAAUUUUGAGGUUAUGUCGGCACCUUUGAAUCGGCUCGCAAUCGCUUCGAUUGUGCAGCUCCCUUAAAAAUAAGUGUACAAUAACUGUAAGAUUCCGAUUAUGUAGAGUUAAAUAAUGUUUCAGAUGUAUUGACUAAGUUUUGAAUAAAUUGUUAAUUACUGGGUGUCCAGCUCCCAACUAAAAA